AUGACUGGAACGAAAGUGAAACCAUCUGAUAGGGAGAAAAAUGUUUCGAAUUCGUCAGCAAGCACAACUUCGAUGCUCUCCCUUACACCAUCACAGCUUAAUACAGCAAUAAUGGACAUGUUGAGUAUGAGACAAGCAGCUACAAGAUGUGACGCAGUGUGUAGAGGUAAUCCCAUCACAGAUGCAGGGAAACGCAAGCAAAUGAUCAAAAUGUUGUCAGUUGUAAUGAUUCCAGUAUUAGUAAUUACAGGUAUGACAGCAAACACUUUUGCCAUUGCCAUUGACAACUACAUCAGUUCUGCAAAUGUCCGAGAACUCCUCUUCUUCAGCAUAGAAUUGGGAGCACUGCUGCGUACCAUUCAAUUUGAACGAGACAUGAGCGCCCUUUAUGUCAGUAAUAUUAAACCAGAGACAAAAGAUUUUCUACUGCAGAGAUAUCCUGAUACUGAUCUUGCUAUUCAAAAUUUAUCAAGAUGGCCGAGAGGAGACGACAUUGUAAUGGAAAUGGAAACACGGGAGCGUUUUCUCUCAUAUUUGAAUAAACACCGAUAUCAGCUUGACGUUUACAAUCAGUCCGUGGAAACUGAAUUAGAUUUCUAUUCCAACAGCAUAAUGGUUUUAUUGAAAUGGUUAUACGACGCAAUUAGCGAAUCAAGUACUGGAUCAGUUUGGAAAGAUGUGGUGGCAUAUCAAGAAAUUAUUGUGUCAAGCGAACUCUUUGGUAGAGAAAGGGCGCUUGGAGUAUCCUUUUACGCAACUGGUGGUUUUGAAACAAGAGAAAAAUAUCUUUUGUUUAUGGAAAAUCAGGAUCGGGCAAACGUCACUUUCGAAUCGGCCAGAUUCUACUCUAAAAUAGCAUUUGACAUUUAUAACAUAGAACUGGCUAAAAAUACCGAGGUUAUUGUUCCAAUUGAAGAUUAUAGAAACAGAAUCAAGUCAAAUAAUUAUACUAGUACACAAGCAUCUAUCCAUGAGGCUGAAAGAUGGUUUGAUAACAUGACAAUAUAUCAGGGAGUCUUGACACGAACACAAAAUGCGCUCGCAAUGACCAUUGACGAAAGUCUCGCCAAAGCAUCUGAAGAGGAACUUCAAAGUGUUAUAACUAUAUGCAUUGUGUUUGGCGUCAUUCUUAUUGUAUGCCCAUUGAUUGUAUUUGCAGUGUACUCAUUAACAUCUGAAAUCCAAAAGUAUUCAAUUUCCAUCGCCAACAGGACUAAAGCCCUAAACAAAGAAAAGAAACGUACUGAUGUUUUACUGUACCAAAUGUUGCCAAAGAGUGUAGCAGAACUUCUAAAAAGAAGCCAGGAAGUAGAUGCGGAGCAAUAUGGCGAUUCCACCAUAUUCUUUAGUGACAUUGUGGGCUUCACAAGUAUAUCUGCACAGAGCUCACCUCUACAAGUUGUUGAUAUGUUGAAUAGAUUGUAUUUAAGCUUUGAUACUAGAAUCGAGAUUUAUGACGUUUAUAAGGUGGAGACCAUCGGUGAUGCCUAUAUGGUCGUAUCUGGUGUUCCUAGGAGGAAUGGUAGGAGACAUGCAUCGGAAAUAGGAACAAUGGCACUUGAUCUUAUAGAUAAUAUUAAGAGGCUGGAAAUUCCGCACCUACCUGGAACCAAAUUCAAACUCCGAAUCGGAUUACACUCAGGACCAGUUCUUGCCGGAGUUGUUGGAACAAAAAUGCCCAGGUACUGUUUAUUUGGCGAAACAGUCAGCAUUGCAUCCAAAAUGGAAUCCCAGGGCAGAGCAAACAAGAUACAAAUAAGCCAUACUACUAGAGAUUUAUUGAAGGUUUUUGGUGGCUUUAUCAUGGAAGAAAGACGGGAUGAUGAAAUGAGACAAGAUCGAGAUGUUCUGAAUGCUUUUCAUGGUUACGUUCGUACAUACUGGUUACUUCAUCGUGAAGGUUUUCUGUCUGACGUUGAUGAUGAUUCCUCAAGAUCAACCUCUCCGGAAUAUCCAAUUCAAAGCACUGGAAAGUCCGGAGACAAACCAAGACGAGAUCGAUAUGAGUGUUCAAUAUCACAUUACCAAAAUGCAUCAGCCAUUACUUUUAGAAUCCAUGUGACUUAUGUUCCCAACCUUCAUUUGUUUAUAUUUAGUGAAUGUGAACUGUAA